CCGGGCGGGCGGUGGCUGUGCGAGGCCCUGGAUCCUGCAGGGCUUGGCGUCCUGAGAGGUGCGAUGGGUAUUGAUGUAACCAGCGAGGGAGAUGGAGGAGGAGGGGAACAUGUUGGGAGGCUUACACUACCCCCACACGUAACUGGCCGGGGUUAUAGCGUGAACUCUGAGGGAGCAGGAUCACCGGCAGGUCGUGUCUGAUGGGAUAAGCCCAAAUGCUCCUAAUUGGUCUUUUGUUGACGAUUCUUGCCUCUUUGAGCAACUACGCUUUCAUCCUCCUCGUUCUCAUCGAGUAGAGAUCCUCAAUCAAAAGGAACGAACACCAGUGAUGAUUAACAACUAAUGCUAUUAAAUAAGCAAACACACAACUCCAGUUGUAGAAGCAACAGAUGGUGAGACAUCUCUGUAUCGUAGUUAAGAGAAAACUCAAGGAGGAAAGGUGUUUCUCUUCUGUUCAUCACAAAAGAUAAACCUGCCUGACACAAAACAAAUCUUUAGUCUAGAAACCCAAAAGUAGCAGUAUGCUCGCUGCUGCCAUUUUCUUUUUAGAGAGAUGCUGCAAUGGAAAUCAAAAAGCUGUAGUUAAACCUUUUCACUUAGUGGUAUAGUGAAAGGAAGCAAGGGCCCAGGGGCUCUCCCUUGAGAACUCACAGAAAAAAAGCCAGCCAAACAAGAUAGGGGUAUACUGAUCUCAAACUAACGUAGUUAGACCAUAGAAAAGAGGGUUGAGUGACUUGUAUUAUUGAGAAUGGAUGGUCCUGUGGAUGCACGUGGCAAUGGUCAUUACCUUUGGUGGAUAAGGGAGAAAAUCACCAGGGUGGUGGAUUGGGCCAAACUGGGGGUCAGCUUUUGUUAGGAUAAAUUAAUCAUGUGCACCCCAUUCAGGGCACUGACUACUUGUUUGACUGAGAAUUGGCCCCACUAAAAAGCUUGUUUCAGCAAGCAGGACUAAAGGAAUUGUGCAGCUGUGCAAUUGCUAUUGUUUCCUCCUCACCUCUUGAUCUGCUUGAAGAAAAGUGUAGGAUUUCCUUUUCUUGUGGUUCUGUGAUUAUUUUGGGUUAUCCUGGCAUGGUCAUGCAGUUGUACUGUGGGAGUGUUACAGGCUUUUAAAGGGUAAGAUGGUGCCUCACUGAAAAAAGGAGGGAGACCAGAAAAAAAUGUAAAGGAAUAGAAGCUAGAACAAGAUGAGGUGCAGCUCUUGGUGAAAAAAAGACACAAGUGCCAGAAGCAGUCUUCUCCUUUUAACUCUGUGGGUUUUAGUAUAGUUUUUACCAUUUUGUGUUUUUCGCUUUUAUUUUGGUGUGGGUUUUUUCACUGUGCUACAGAACUGGAGUUUAGAGGUUGUAGUAGAAAAUGGGAUAAUCCAGGAUUAACUGUCACUGUUACCUUGCUCGAGAUUUUUUUUGCCCCCCUCCUUAUUUCUUCCUCAGACUUACCUAGUUAGGAAGAGCUGACUGCUAAAGAGAAAAUGACAUCUCUAGAAAAAGUUGAUGAUGCCUCAGCACCCAUUCGAGGACCUGGAGAUGGCAUGGAAACAGAGCAAACAGCUGGAUCAGUGGAAGUAAUCACUGGAGCCAACACUACGAGCCAUCACAUCCACCACAGCCCCCGCAAAAAGACAGCCUCUUCCCUGAGUCCUGGAGUUCUGCAACUAGGGAAAGUACAUGCAGAUAAAUCAGUGGAGAUUGAAGCUAUUAGAAUAUUAGUCCCCAAAACAGCCAUCACCCAUGUUGUUCCAACUAAAAAUGCUAAGGUAGCUAAAUCUGUGGGACAUAAAGGAGACACAUUCUCUCAGUCAGACGGAACCACAGAUCCCAAGAAAGAACAGAUAGAGCUGAAAAAUGCAAUUGAAAAGCUAAAGAAUUCAGAAAAGCGGUUGUUACAGGAUAAAGAAGGUCUCUCUAAUCAGCUGCGUAUACAGACUGAGGUCAAUCGGGAGUUGAAGAAAUUACUUGUUGCUUCUGUUGGGGAUGAUCUGCAGUAUCACUUUGAACGGAUGGCUCGAGAGAAGAAUCAGCUCAUCCUAGAAAAUGAAGUCCUGGGCCGAAAUAUGGCUCAGUUGUCUGAACAAUUGGAGCGCAUGUCUAUACAAUGUGAUGUGUGGAGAAGCAAAUUCCUAGCAAGCAGGGUGAUGGCUGAUGAGCUGACCAAUACCAGAGCAAUUCUUCAGCGCCAAACCAGGGAUGCACAAAGUGCAAUCCAGGACUUGCUGAAUGAACGCGACCAGUUCCGUCAAGAGAUGAUUGAUACACACAAGCUGCUGGAGGAACUGAUGGUCUCUCUUCAGUGGGGGAGACAACAGACAUACUAUCCUAGUGCCCAGCCUUACACUACAACAGAGCUAGCAGCUGUGAACUGUAAGCUAUCCAAAGCUGUAAGCUCACAUCUUCUAGGAAAUGUUGGCACUAAAAGUCCAAAAAAGACUUCAACUGUGGAGUUUUGCAAUACCCCUGCUGAGAAAAUGGCUGAAAUGAUGCUACAUGUACUGGAUCCAGCUGCACAUCCAGAAACAUCAACAGAAGUUUCUUUUUCUGAGACUUCUGCAUCUUCUUUCCUUUCCACAAAGAAAAGCAUUGGAAGGUUUCACCCAUAUACAAGAUAUGAAGAUGUCACCUUCAAUUGUUGCAAUCACUGUCAAGGAGAGCUAAUAGCCCUUUAAAAGCCCAGCCAAGGCAGCUGCUCUUUCUGAAGAAUUACACUAGUUGAUAUUCAGCAGGCUUCCCUUUGUCCUUUUUCUGUAAUGGGUGAGUUUGGCAUUGGAAUGACACAGUUUUUGCUUCUCUACCUCUUGAAGUUAGGGAUUGACAGGAUUGCCAUAGUCUCUGGUAUACUUCUGUGACUUCUCAAUAGGGAAAACUAUUUAUUUUCUUAUACAACACAAAAACAUUAUGCUGGUCCAGUUUACAGAGCAUAGAGAUGCUCUUGACUAUUAAACAUUUAUAGGCUUAUUAGCAAAUCUUAAUGAAUUUCCCUUUAGAGGGAGACAGAAGUGUAACUGUACCAAAGCAAAUGAAGUGCUGAUCAGUUAUGUCUAAAUUUAAAAAUAAAGUAAUGGUAAAUCAUCAGUUACAUGCUAUUUUUUUAAAUUUUAGCCAAGGUGAUGAACUGGCCCCAAGUCUACAUUCUACCUUUUAAAUUUAGUUACAAAAAGGCAUAUGUGCAAUGAUUCUUCAUAGCUGUAAGUUCUGAAAGCAAAAGUAUAUGCGAUGUCACUCCUCCUGUCAAGAAGGAGAUGAUGCCUGAAUGAACUCUAGCAAUAAUAUAUAAGUAGUAACUGCUUUCAAUUGGAUUCUAGAAAACUCUAUGGGGUGAGAUUAUUCUUGUGUUUCCAUAGAGCUGAAAUAAUGGCUUUUCCAUUUUGUCAGCUUCUAGAAUGAAGCUGCUGUGUAGCUGAUCCUCAGCAAAGGCAGACUGACAUACUUCCUUUAGUACAUAGCACUGAAUCCUGGCCUCGCAUUAGGACUCAAUCCUUGCCCAAGGUCUUCCUGGGUAUUAUGGGAAGAUGAAAAUAAGCACUAAGUUUGCACAGGUACUGUUAAAAAAAAAGUAUUUUUUUACUUGUAUGGUUUUAUAAUCUUGAUGUAGAUUUGAAGUUCUUGAUAUAGGUUUGAAGAGAACUUUUAGGAGACAAUCUGCUAAAUCCUAAGAAGCCUAUUUAAGUUUCUUAGUUUGACCCCCAAAUUUGCCAUAUGAAGCUGUCUAGUUUGGGGAAAAGGUUGCUUUUACCCAAUUUUCCUUUGAGUAUCAUACCCAUGAUCAGAAUAUGUAAGCUGUAAGUUCUUGCUGUUGCUGGCUCUCUUUGGUUUACAUGAAGAAAGCUACAAUAAACUUUUUUUGCUUGCUUUCAA